UACAUGAGUGUAACGAUGGGUGAUAAUUUAAAUAAUUUUCACACUGUCCAACUCAAAGAUGAAAUUCUAAAAGAAUUAAAAAAUGACCUGAAAAGGAUAAAAGUUGAUGACAAUUAUAUUGAUGAAAAUAAUGCUCAGGAUAAGCUUGAACAGUUAAUUUCUUGGAUGAGCUCCACCCCAAAAAAUAUUGUUAUUAGAGUAAACACAAUUUUAUGUGAACCAUCGACAGUUCAUCAUAAAAUUAAUGAGUUUCUUAAACAGUAUUCGAGACCUCUUCCGAAUAUUAAAACAUUUCCUCAUGUUGAAGAAUUAAUUGUUAUCAACAGCUGGGAAGGUAAUAGAGGAUCAAAAUUGACAACAGUUGCUAAUGAAUUGAUUGUCGAUGCAGCAUGUGGUGUAGCAGUUUUACGAGGUGCACAUAUAUUUGCACCUGGAGUAUUGGGCAUGCCUCGUGGAUUAAAAAUUGGCGAUAAAGUUAGCGUGUAUGCAGAUCUUAAAAAAAAUUGUAAAAAAGGAUUAGUUAUUAAUUAUGACAUUAACAGUAAACUGUUUAUUGGCAAUGGCAUAGUCAAUUUAACACGAGAUCAAAUAUUUGCAAAUUAUGAAAAAUCUCCAAGUGGUAUAGCCGUUUUUAUGUCUGAUACUAUAUCACAUGUUCCCCAAUUAAACGAGGAAAUAUUACCCAAAGGUCAAAUUUUGCUUCAAAAUUUACCAUCUGUCAUUUGCUCUCGAGUAUUGAAUCCACAACCUCGAGAUAUUAUCUUAGAUAUGUGUGCAGCCCCGGGAAAUAAAACUACGCACAUUUCCGCGUUAAUGAAAAAUGAG